AUGUUCGCUCAGACAUGCCAGUCCGGCUUCAUCUCCCUACUCUACAGCAUCGGGACUCGACCGCUGCAGCUCUGUGAGAAGCAUGAGGAAACGCCUGGAAGUAUCCGACGAGUUAGGGAUGACGUGGUUCAGUCGUCGGUAGUGGAGCUCUUGGCCGACAACCUCGUACACACUUGGAUACGAUUUCCUUCCGCAUCCGACGAAGACCAGGAGCAGCAGCAGCUGAGCUCGAUGCCGUGGAACACGUCGCUGCACAUUCGACUGCGACACCUCGUGCUUGUCCUCAAGAAUCUCGGGCAGCACGUCUCACUGGAGGUGCAAGUGGCGGACGACCAGGGCACGCGGAGGCGCUUCCGCUUCUCUACUUUUCAGACCAAAGCGGUCGUCCAUCCUCAGAUCACGCUAUUGCCGCUGCGUUUGGACGAAGGGUGGAACCAGCUACAGCUCGACCUGGUCGACCUCGCACGCUGUUGCUACAAUGCACGAUACGCACAUACUAUCAGCGUGCAGCUCCACGCGAGUUGUCGAGUGCGCCGUAUUUACUUUGCGGAGCAAAUGGUUUCGGAAACUCAGCUCCCAGCAGAGUUCCGUCUGUACAAGCGGCUUAGCAAAGCGCAGACACGGCAAUUCCACGAGCAAGACUGUGGUCGAGCAUCAGCAGCAGUAGUUUGA